CGUAGUGCGAGGUACGCGCGCGCAGCCGGUUCGAACGUGUCAAACGAAGUUCAGAAAGUAACGGCGGCGAAACGGUGGUCUGUGAAGACCGAACAUCUGCGUCAAACCAUGAACGCCACAAUCGACCUAUUUGGAUACCUUGCAGCAGAGGUGAGGGAGAUUUGGUGGCAGGUUGAGGCCGACCUGCUGACUGGGCUCCAUGCCGACCCCACCGUCCUCCUGUACGGGGGCGGCGUAGGCGGCGCGGCCGCAGUGGUCGCGAUGGGGUACCUGCUCUACAGGAAAUGCACCAAAGGUCCUGACUUCUCAGAGCAGACUGACUUGGCUAAGAUCCAUUAUUAUGCAGGUUGUCCACCGGAUCCCGAUGCCACCAAUGCAUGCAUCGAAUUGUUGGCCAAGAACGGUCAUCUAGUGAACGUUCCCCUUUGGAAGCACUGCACUGUGUCGCAUGGAUACACACCUUUCUUGAGAGCCUGCUGGAACAAUAAUUUUGAACUCAUCCAGUACAUGAUAAAUAUUGGAGCAGACAUUUCAUUAUCUAAUUCAGACGGAGAGACUGCCAUGUACUUAGUGGCUUACAGAGUCAGUAAGAGUUCUUCAUGGGACCCCAGAGCUCUCAAUCUUCUGUGGGAAAAAGGGUGCUCUGUUGAUGAUGUAAAUGUGCACAACAACUCCAUGCUUCACUUGGCAGCUAAAGCUGGUAAUGCUACCCUCACCCGGUGGCUGCUCCUGCAUGGGGCAGAUCCCGACAUACGAAAUGCGUAUGGAUUCACUCCCCAUGCCCUUGCCCUGAGGAAAGGUUCUCCUGCCCACCUCACAGUUGCUAAUACUCUGCGUAUUCCAGUCACUAACAGUGUCAGCCCCUGCCCACGGUUUGCCAUAGAGGAGGGUGGUGUUCAAAUGACGCUGUUCCGCUCCGUUAGCUCUCCUGUAAACGGCCAAAGUGAUGAUUCAGUUAUCAACUAACUUACUAGUUUUUUAUUUUUAUUUUUACAAGUUUUACUGAAUUACCAGUCUUCUUGACUCCAUGUAUUCGUAGCAAGAGUUACUGCAAUGUUAUAUUCUGAUUUUGAUGUCAUUAAACCAUCCUGGUGCUUUAGUCAUUCUGAUUAUGAUGUCAUUCAUUUUUGUGUCAAAGCCAUUUUGGCUUAAAUCAUUCUUAUUAUUAUGUCAUUCAUUUUUGUGUCUAAGCCAUCUUGGUGCUUAAGUCAUUAAAUGUCACUUGUCAA